UAGUCAGACAAGCAGAAAGUCCCACAGAGUCGAACUGUCAGCGGCGACGGCCAGUGGCAGAAUCACACGCAACAGACUUUCAGCUACUUCUGCGCUCAAAAAGGAUUCCUAAAGAAGACCUCUUCUUGUUUCGUGUUGUUUUGUUGUUGUUGUUGUUGUUGUUUGAGAAAACGAGAAGAUAUUCUAUUACACUGCUGGAUUAUCCGAGUGUCGUGUUCGCCUUCGCAGGAGCUGCGGUGCUGGCUGUGCGGAUUUCACAUUGCUGUUUCAGAUGAGCACGGCGGGGGACGCGCUCCCGGCUCCUGCCUCGCAAACGCGUGGAUAAAUAAAUGCCAGCGAUGGGUGGUUAUUUCAUGUAAUCUUUGAACAGUCUGACUAAUCAAACCGAUCAGAGACCAGUUGGAAAUUGGAUACUGUCUGGGAACUUUGUUGUUGUUGUUUUUUUUUUAAAGAAAUCUGCGAAUUUAUUUCCCGAGUGUUGUUGUUGUGUUACACAUGAAGACUUGUUUCACAUAGGAUUUCACCGCAAGCCGAUUAUACAGCGGUGUACCACUUAUAUUUACUGAUCAUCGAUUUCGGGGCGGACUCUUACGUUAUAAACAUUUUAAAAUAGACGGGACCCUACUGAGUAUAUAAUGCCUCUGUGGAAAUAUUCAUCCCACUGAUACGCGGGACUCAGAUUAUGAAGUUAUUACACCGUGUCAAUGACGGGUAAGAUGGAAACCCCUUUUUAUCACGAUGACACGCCAAACCUUCAAAAUUUUGGACAGAUCCCCGACUACAACCACAGGUACCCGAGCCAAAAAAUAAUGAGUAAGAAAAAUAUGGCUGCACAGAAUUUCCCAGGUCCGCUGGGAAGCACCUCUGGUUUGAAGCUGUUGCAGGGACAAGGUGGGAGCAAUGGCAGUAUAAAUUCGAACAACCCAGGUAUUAACAGUAACACAAAUGGCUCUUUAAUGCCUUCGCCAGAUGUGAAUCUCCUAAAGCUGGCUUCCCCAGAUUUAGAACACCUGAUUAUCCAGUCCAACCAGGGACUCGUCACAACCAGUCCGGCGCCAAGCUCAACACCCAACCCCUUCAUGUACAGGAACCAGGUAACUAAUGAGCAAGAAGGCUUCGCUGAUGGUUUCGUGAAAGCCCUGGCCGACCUCCACAAGCAGAACCAGCUCAUCGGGGCGCCCAUCUCCCCGUCGUCUUCAAUUCAGGGGCCAUUCCAGAGGAACGUGAUGCCCAGCGGGGACAUGCCCAUCUACACGAAUCUCAGCAGCUACAACCCCAAUCAGAUCACUGUUUCCGCCUCGUAUUCAGGGGGCCAGCUGCCCUACUCGGCAACCGGUCACGGGUCGUCUCACGGCGGCCUCGGGCAAGGACCCCACCCUCACAGCCGAGGACUCGACGAGCCCCAGACGGUCCCCGAGGUGCCCCAUCCCCCCGGCGACCCCUCCAGUUCCCCGCCUUCCCUCUCUCCCAUUGACCUGGAGACACAGGAGAGGAUCAAGGCGGAGCGCAAGAGGCUGAGGAACCGGAUCGCCGCUUCCAAGUGCCGCAAGAGGAAGCUGGAGCGGAUCUCCCGCCUGGAGGAGAAGGUGAAGGUGCUGAAGACCCAGAAUUCGGACCUGGCCUCCACUGCCAGUAUUCUGCGGGAGCAGGUGGCCCAGCUCAAGCAAAAAGUGAUGAAUCAUGUCACCAAUGGGUGCCAGAUAGCAGUGGGCACAGCUGCCCUGGCAAAAACUGGGGAGAGUACCAGCUGCUGAACGUGCUUUUUUUUGUUUGAGUCAGUGGUGUAAAGAAAUGACGAGGCAAAUAAUAAAGGCUGCUGAAGCCUGCAAACACAGAGCUGGGGUGCAACCAAUCUCUUACUCAGUUUUGCACCUCAGACAUGUGUCUCAAGAAUGAGCUAGGGAGCACAGAACAUUGAUGAUUAGUUUCUUUAUUAGUCUUGAUUAUAAGUGCGCCAGGGAACGCCCUCUGUCCCGCUGUUGAAAAGCAAGCUAUGCCAUUCUGUUUUGUACAUUUACUUGUCUACAGACUUCGUACGUGUAUUUAAUUUCCGAGCUAAAGGGGCAACGUACCUACCUUUAUGAAGAGAAGUACAUUAAAGAGGACUUCAUAAAGUCUUUAGGAGUAGGGUAGACAAGGCGGGGCGACAACUACUCUCAGAGCAACGUUCCAGCAGGGUACGAGCAAACUAAUGAAGGCUUGUUGGAGAAAGGGAAACACUGCACUUUGAAAUCUGAAAACAUAUCAUUUAAUACAGGAUGGAGGUUCUUGAAAUAUUUCUCAACAGCUUCCAAAGUAAAAGUACAUUUUGAGCAAUCUCCAGGUAUACCUGGUUCUGAAACGUGACAAGUCCAGGGGGAGGUGGGAGAGGAAUAAACCCAUUAAACGUCUGCAAGCACACUCUUACCAUCGCACACCAGUCUUUUCAACUUCACGGAAUCAUGUCAUCAUUUAUUACAACUUCUAAUCAAAAGUUAAAGUCAAUCCCAGGAACAAAAUCAUAAUGUAAAUUUAACCUUUAUUAAAACUCUAUGGGAAAGAUGGCUUGGCAUAGCCUUUUCUUUCCUCAUGUGUUAACUAGCAUUUACAGUUGUCUCCAAGUGGAAUGAUAAUGAUUUACGAAUACAUUGUACAUGAUCCCAUAUAUUAAGUUAUUACCCACAACCAUGUUGAAUUGUUGUAAUCUCUAGUGAUGAUGAAAUGUUUAUUUUUCCUUUUGUCUCCAGAAACCUUUUGGGGUGCUUUGUUAGUCUGUUUUCAAGUGUUUAUGUGUACAACACAUACUGUAAGUUGACAUUUUUGACUGUACAUGAGAAAAUGACCUAUUGUAAUAUUGAACUUUAAAAGCUUACUGCUUAUCUUUUUCUUCAGAACUUGGCAAUAUUUUGGCAAAUAAUUUCAUCAGGUUAGAUACAAAUUAUGUGAUGUACAAUAUUCCAAAGUGAGACAUUUGUUUUCACGGUAUGUAAGUGUAAUGUAGCUCAUUCCAUUUCAAGAUAGAGAGCAGUAUAGCUUUUCUUAAGUGUGCCCAAUGAAAUACAAUAGAAGCCAUUUUUUAACAGUUUACUGAAUGCUUUGAUACACCAGAACCACGUGUUCUAACUGUUGAUCUAAACAGCAACACGUGGACAUGUUAAAUAUUUUGUGGUUUUUUUCAGUUGUGUUAAACUGGUACAUUGCUUCAGCGAAAAACAUUUUACACACGAAAGAAGUUUUGAAUAACUCUGGGUCCCUCAGUUACACCCAGUGAUGUUUCAAUAAUUUAAUAGUCCUUUGUGACUGAAAAGCAAAUCAGAAAAAGGGCUUAGAUCAGAAGUAUUUCUUGUUUAUUUUAUCCUGUUUAAGAAUCUAAGAAAGUAUAACAAUUUAUUUAUGCAAAAAAGCCUCUUUACUAUUUAUGUUGUCUGUAAAAAAAGUGUAAGUAAAAAGAAUGAGUGUCUGUCAGACACUUGCUUUAUUUUGGAACUAUAACAUUGCACUUAAAUCAUAAGAAACAUUAAAUGAUGUCUGGCAUUUAUCCUAUAUUAAUAUAUUUACAUGGACUUUGUUCAAUGCAAUGUCAUAGGAAAUUAUACAAACCGUCUUGAGAUGUGGUUGUUCUGAUGGCAUUUCUGGACUUAAAAAAUGAUUAGGAUACUUUUUAUGAUUAUUGGAAUCCUUCUUAAAUGGAAAUAUUGUGUCAUCUGUAAAGGGAAUUGUCACAGUGUGCUGAGAUAAUAUAAUAAUUAAAUCAACCUUUUGUCUAGAUGUUACCUGUAAGAAAUUUGUGAAUUGAAAUGCUGUUUUUUAUACAGCUGAUUGACAUAUAGAUUUGCACAAACUUGUUUUGGGGAAAAAAAAAAUCUUCAAUUUUUUUUGUGCUUUGGGAAUUACUCUUUAGGUGCACUGAAUAAAUGCCUUUCCGAUAGACAGAGAUUUAUAAAUAUAGAUACUGGAAUUUAUUCUUAUCUGUAUUUAUAUGAGUCUGGACAGACAAAGAAAGGAGAGUCUGGAUAGAAAUUAAAGUCUCAAAUAACAUGUGAGUGUUGUUCAGAAGAUAUUUAUUUUUUGAAACUUGAAAAAGGCUUUUGAUGUUGACUAAUGAUUAUAUUUUUGUAAGAAAAAUGUUAAAAAUAUUAAAGUUCUCAUUUGAGAGAGAACGUUGUGAACAGAGGUACUACCUUAAGUGUUUAUUUAACUUUGACCAUUCCAGAAUACAUUAUUUAUUAAGGUUGUAUUCAAAGGGCAGUCCAGGACUAUUUGUAAUCUUCAAUUUGGGAAUGAGUUUCUUUUUUCUGUCGCUUAUAUUAUCAACUGGUUUUGAAAAUGGGAUCAGUUGAUUUAAGUUGUUUAAAAACUUUCACACUAUUAUGUGUUUUAUAAAUAUAAUAUGAACAUGAAUAGAGACACAAAGCUGCAUUUGUAUAUUACUGUAUCUGUUUAUGUGAUCAAUUUUAUAACAUGACAAUUGCAAUGUGGUACAUGUUACUGCUGAUUUCAUAUUUAUUAGCUAGAUUCUGUUGAAUGAAAGUGCAAGAUAGGAUGCUUUCAUGUUUUAUUAAGUCAAAUUUAGAUUAAAAAGAGCUGAAUUGGUUAAGUUGAUGAAAACACUAUGCUUUAUUGUGUAUUGUUGUCUAGGUUGAUGACUGAUGUUAGCACUGACAUGGCUGAGAUUAUUUUGUGUACCAACACCAUUUAUGUAAAACAUGAGCAGUGCAAAGAGGAAGAAUUUGUACAGGAAAUGCAAGGGAUUGGCAAAACGUACUCCAAUCAACAGUGCACAGUGAAGAUCUUCGAAACAAGAAGUGAAAGAGCCAUUGGUUAGGAAAGAACUGAGACUGUCUCCAAGACUACAUUCUCACUGAAACAUGUGAGAGUACUGGUAUUUUUGUUAAAAGCAGCAAGGGUUUUAGAAGUUAAAAGAAAUGUAAGAACUGUAGAUGUAAUGAAUGAAAACAUCAAACUCUGAUAUCCGAUAUUAGUGAUUAUAUUCUUGAUGUCAGCAGUUUAGAUUUUGAUAUUGCAUUUUUAUACCAAAAAUAGAAAUGGCCGAUAUCAGAAACUGAAAUCUUUUGGAAUCAAAAGGCCAAUUAAAACUAAUGUUGAUCUCAGAAAUGCAUCUUGGGUAAAGAUUUGCCAUAAAACGUCUGUCGGUCUAGUGAGAAGUAAUUUGUAAAAGAGCUGUUAUCCUUACCUGUUAAACCAGGAAACCGGAGUUAAAGAUCAAUGCCAUGAUUACAUGCUAUAUGCUUCUAUCAUACUGAUGAAGUUUUACCACGAGAAAGAGUUUGAAGGGUUUUUUUUGUCACAAGGGGAGUGUUACAGAGAAUGAGCACCUACAGCAUCAAGGCACCCAGUACACAAAACAGGAACUUGGCCAAAUCAGUCAGGACUAAUCAAAAGGCAGUGGUAAAAAACAGGGAUAUCUGCAGUUCACAGGAAUAUCAGUAUUAAUGCUUAAACGCCUAUAUACUUCCAGGAUAAGUUGUUAUUUCCAUUAUGCUUCAUUAUCCAAACUAAUAUUUAUUAAAUCUUCCAGCUAUUUAUCAAUACAUGCAUGCUAUAGUGCAGUACCUGCCCAGGUCAUUGAUGUACUAAGCUGCUUAAGAUACACUUUCAAACAAACAUGCAACAGUUCCUUAAAGUAAACAGAAAUAAAAUAACACAAAUGAUCUGGAAGCUCAUAGUGGAGAAAUUAAAGUAAAAUUUUCCCUAUGACGAUAAUAAUUAGAAAUCUCAUAAAAAAUUGUACCCAUUUUGCUGUGUUGAGCAGUAAAGGCCAAAAAUAUUUGGCUUUGGCAUUAGGCUUCGCUUUAAAGGAAUCUUUGGGUUUCUUUCUGGAGCUAUUUCUGUUUUAUGAUAACUUUUGAAGUCUUGACAUCACAGAGUUCCAAAUGUUGUUUUUUUCCAAAAGUUAUUCUCUCAUAAAUUUCAGUGAUAGUUACUAAUACAGGUCCAGCUACGGAGCGGGGGUGGGGGUGGGUGCACACACAGAACACUAGUGGGGCAAACGACCAAAGGAGAAAGGAGUAAUUGUUUAUUUGAAAGAAGGACGCACUAUGGAAAACAGUCAUCAUUUCUGAGGUUAAACUCCAUAUUAGCUCAGCUUUGAUAUAGUAAAAUAAACGUUUGCCAUUGACAUUGCCCUUUCAAAAGGGACUGACAAGAAUAAGCUGAAUUACACUUACUUUGUAUAAAAACAUGGAUUGUUGAUAUACAUUUUGAAUCAUCAAUAUAAAGUAAAUUUGCUAGUAUCAGGGCGGGAAUUACAGAUGUCUGCAUUUUGUGAUUUGAAAGAUAUUAACAAUUCAUAUUUCUAAUAUCAGUUAUAUAUUUUUGGUAUCAAAAAUUAUGUUUUAGUAGAAAUUAAAGUACUGUUUUGAUAUUGGCAAUUUGAUUUUUUGAUAUCAGUAUUUUCAUUUUGGGGACCACAAUCGAUUCUUAUGUCAAAAUGUUUAAUUGAGAUGUUUUAUUGAUAUCAGCGAAACAUUGCUAAUGUCCUAAACUGAAUUUGAAUAUACUUGGAACUCUCAAGUCAUGGAAAAGUUACAGUACAUUUUUAUUGUGGCAAUGCCUUGUUGUCAGCAAACUGUUUUCAAACCAAAGGAGGUAUUCCACAAAUUCUAACUUGAUAGAUUUAAGAUUCAGUAUCAUAUUUUUAAUGUGUCACUGUGGCUGAGUUGUAUUAAAAUUGUAAUCUUGUGGGUAGGGUAGUAUACCUCAAUUUGUAAACAGUUGUUUGAAAUUCAACAGAAAAAAUGCAAACAGAUAUAAGGUUUAAUGAGAUAGACUUCGAAGUGGAUGGUUUUUGUAUCUAAAUUGCCAUUGGAAAAGUAAUGUUAAGAUUGUGAGAGUGAAGGGACUGGUUAGUAAAAACAGCUGAGGUAAAAAAAAAAAUGACCUGCCAGUCCCUGUUACAGAAAUCCUUGGACAUCUGUUUAGCAAUGCUCAGUUUCUUGCUGGAUGUCAGAGGACUGUUGUCUGAAUACAACCACAAGGUCAAUUGAAUAGUAUGACUUAGAGGCGCCUUGCCUUGUUUUUUUUAUUUUAAUUCUUUUGUUUAUAAAUAAUCUCUUUAACAAUCUUGAGAAAUGUUUAUUGGUUUGCUGGGGGGG